UCACAUGACUGCUGGGUCAGCUGACAUCUCAUGAGAGUGCUGGGUCAUUGCUGACAGCAGGAGUGGUAUACAGCUUGCAUAUAUAUAUGUGUAAAGGGAACAACGCUGCGCACACACACACAGGCUGCUGUCACCAUGGACUCACUGUCAGUGUGGGCUCUGCUCGUCUGUGCCUUGAUCCAGCCACAGUCGGCACUCAUCAGAAUACCGCUGAAGAAAUUCCCAUCCAUCCGCCGCACCCUGUCAGAAGCUGGCGGUGAUGUGCAAAGGCUGAUUGGAACAGACAGCCCCCUGAAAUAUUACUCUGGGUUCCCCCCAAAUGGAGGUCCCACUCCAGAGGCACUGAAGAAUUAUCUGGAUGCGCAAUACUAUGGAGAGAUAAGUAUUGGGACCCCUCCUCAGACCUUCAUGGUGGUCUUUGAUACCGGAUCCUCAAACCUUUGGGUUCCAUCAGUCCACUGCUCAAUGCUGGACGUGGCCUGCUGGCUGCAUCAUAGGUAUGACUCUUCAAAGUCCUCUACCUUCAAGAAGAAUGGCACAGAGUUUGCCAUCCAAUAUGGCACUGGCAGUCUGUCGGGGUACCUUAGUGAGGAUACGGUGACGAUUGGGAAUCUGGCUGUCAAAGGGCAGCUUUUUGGCGAGGCCAUUAAGCAGCCGGGGGUCACCUUUGUGGCAGCUAAGUUCGAUGGCAUCCUGGGCAUGGCGUACCCCCGCAUCUCUGUUGACGGAGUCGCUCCAGUGUUUGACAACAUUAUGAACCAGAAACUGGUGGAAAGUAACAUAUUCUCGUUCUACCUAAACAGGAAUCCGGAUACCCAGCCUGGCGGAGAGCUGUUACUGGGAGGCACGGACCCAAAAUAUUACACUGGAGAUUUCCACUACGUGAAUGUGACCCGAAAAGCAUACUGGGAGGUUCAUAUGGACCAGCUGGCCGUUGGGGAUCAGCUCACUCUCUGCAAAGGUGGCUGCCAGGCUAUCGUGGAUACAGGAACGUCGCUUAUCACUGGCCCGGUGGAUGAAGUGACUGCACUACAGAAAGCUAUCGGGGCCAUUCCGCUUAUCCAGGGAGAGUAUAUGGUACCGUGUGAAAAGGUUUCAUCAUUGCCAGUGAUCAGUUUGAUGCUUGGGGGACAAACGUACACCCUGACAGGGGAACAGUAUGUGAUGAAGGUAUCCCAGGGUGGCCGCACAAUUUGUGUGAGUGGCUUCAUGGGCCUCAACAUCCCCCCUCCUGCCGGCCCCCUCUGGAUACUUGGAGAUGUCUUCAUUGGCCAGUAUUACACAGUAUUUGACCGAGCAAACGACCGUGUCGGUUUUGCUAAAGCCAAGUGAACCCAACAGCAUAUGCAAUGACUUGAGGAAGCACCCGGUGUGCAACUGCUUCCUGACAAUCUACUGCAAUCCUAACCCUUCCAGCUCAUCGUAGAGCAUUGUGUAACCGCAGACCUCUUUGGCUUGUGUCCUUAAUCCAGGGUGCCUUGUUGUACGCAAGAAAGCGCAGCUACGGGCACCAGGACCUUCAUCUGUUGCACAGGCUCCAUCAACCACUUAACAUUUGGGACUGUUGAUGAGAAGUUACACAAUCACGCACUUUCUCUUAACGUAGCUGUUGUCGUAGCUCUUUGUGUAUUUAAGCAAAACUAUUUGGGCAUGUUUUCAAAGAAAAUUGAGACAUCGACAGGGUUAGCAGCUUCUUUCAGUCCAAGAGCUGAUCUAAUGGCACUCAGAACCUGUUAGAACCUGUUUAUCCUGCCAAUAGGACACACAGCAGUUGAACUGUAAGAAGCUGCCUAUCCCUGGCAGGUAAUCAGGACAUUUUAGAGAUUUUGUAAUUUUGAGGUUUUUUGUUCUUAUUAAACUUUACAAAAUUUAAGCCCUAUA